UCUCUCUGUUGCAUUGGGCCAAACCCACAGCAUGUCUUCUUUUGUAACUAUUUUUAGGAAGUUUUAGUAUGGUUUUGGUUUGUGUGUAUGUGUGUAAAUUUGUUUAGCUACUCUUGUGGCAAUUUUCUUUGAAUAUCUUCAGACACAUUAAAUCUGAGACAGUAUUUCAUUUAGUCCAGGUUGUCCUGGAGCUUUCUUUGUAGCCAUUGUCACCCUGAACUGAUCUGCCUCCAUCUCCCUAGAGGCUAGUAUAAAGCCAUAUAUAUAUAUAUGCAAGCACACGUAUACACAUAAUGAACACUGAUACUCUGCCUGAACCUAGUUUUUCCAGGUGAUGACACUGCAUUCAGGAAUUUAGUAACCUCAUGGGUCUUUUGAUUUCAGAACGCACCCAGGAAAUUACAAAGAAAUGGGAAAUGACAUAAAAACUUGUUUUCAUCACGAGUCCUUUAAUAUCAUGCUUUAAAACUUCACAUAUAAACAUUUGCAGGCGUUUCACCCUUCACAUCUGACAGAUUUUGUGGAGAUGCAAAGCCAGCACAAAGUUUCAGUUUGUACCUAAGUCCUUUCCCUGAGAUUCUAGAUUUCUCACUUUAUCCCAGGCUUUCUGCAUGCUUACCAACUACUCUAUGAUUAUGCAGCAUGUUUUCUCUUAAUAUUUAUUGUGCUACUCUACCCAGCUCCUCUUUAAGACAGGAUCAUGCUCUUUGACUCAGGCUGACAAACCUGAAGCAGUUCCCUUGCCCCAAUCUUCAUUGGCUGUCAUUACAAGGGAGUCACCACAAAGAGUGGGUCUAGCUGGCUAUCUCUUGCCUGAGGUUUCAAGUGUGGUAUUAGAGGUGUGGGCCAGCAUGUUCGUUUAAGAAUUAGACAGCUAGUAAAACUAGGCAAAUGGUCUUCCUACAGACAGGCUGGGCUCAACUAGUUUUUGAGCCUGUGCAGGUAAAACUGGUGAGCCUGACUGGACUGUAAACUCCAAAUGCUGUCUUUGUCUUGCCCCCUCGUACUUGAGGCUGUGUGGUCGUUUCUCUCUCUCUCUCUCUCUCUCUCUCUCUCUCUCUCUCUCUCUCUCUCUCUCUCUCUUUUGGUUUUUCGAGACAGGGUUUCUCUGUGGUUUUGGAGCUUGUCCUGGAACUAGCUCUUGUAGACCAGGCUGGUCUCGAACUCACAGAGAUCCGCCUGCCUCUGCCUCCUGAGUGCUGCGAUUAAAGGCGUGCGCCACCACCGCCUGGCUGUGUGGUCAUUUUUAAAACUAUCUCGUUUUUUGUUUAUCUGAGAAGACUAACUCUGCAUAACCCGGGCUGGACUUUAACUAUUUUCUUGCCUUGUAUACGCCUUCCAAAUUCUAGGUUUACAAGCAUACACCACCACACCUGGCUUUCCUUCAUUUUUUUUUUUUUUUUUGGAUCAAUUCUACAAGUAGUUGCUAGCUUCUAAACUGAAUAUUAAGUAAGGGUACCGCAGUCUAGCAUUUACAGAGCACUUUGUGGCGCUCAGUUUGAGCCUCACAAAUUCUUCCGAGCUGGGGCUCCAAGGUCACGAGCUGGUCUGUUUACGUAGUUAAAGGUGCAACCCUUGCAGGCUCAGAGCAGCAAAGAACGCAGUCUUUGGCCUGUGCCCAACAGACGCUCACUCGGUCUGGAUGGAGGAUUCGGCGCCUCUCUGGAGCAACGUAAGGCGUCCAGCGGAGAUGCCCGAUGCCAUUUCACUCUGGGACUCAGAUCAAUUCUCAUCAAGGCGCUCAAUACCAAACUCGUCUGCGAGAGUCUUGGACUGGGCAGGGCCAGUGCUAGAAAGGACAGCCUCUUCCGGGUCGGUCUACUGAAGUUGCUCUUCUGCAGAGCCAGGGAUAGGACAACGCGCGCCGGCCCGCUUUACGGCAAAGGUGUGCGCGUUUGCGACAGGAUGAUGCAAGCAAGUUUUGGCGGGAAAAGCUCAGCCUUUGGAUUCCCGUGGCAGCUGGCAAAGGACUGCUUGUAGAGAAGAGCGCCCCGAACGGUGGAAGAGGACUCCAGAGAAGGGCUCAGAGGUCUUGAUUACUGUGGACGGGCACGCCGCUGUCCUGGGAACCAUGGCAGUGCCUUUUGUGGAAGACUGGGACUUGGUGCAAACUUUGGGAGAAGGUGCUUAUGGAGAAGUUCAACUUGCUGUGAAUAGAAUAACCGAAGAAGCUGUUGCAGUGAAAAUUGUAGACAUGAAGCGGGCCAUAGACUGCCCAGAGAAUAUUAAGAAAGAAAUCUGCAUCAAUAAGAUGUUAAAUCAUGAGAAUGUAGUGAAAUUCUAUGGCCACAGGAGAGAAGGCAAUAUCCAGUAUCUAUUUCUGGAAUACUGUAGUGGAGGAGAACUCUUUGAUAGAAUAGAGCCAGACAUAGGCAUGCCUGAACAAGAUGCUCAGAGGUUCUUCCAUCAGCUCAUGGCAGGAGUGGUCUAUCUGCAUGGAAUUGGAAUAACUCACAGGGAUAUUAAACCAGAAAACCUCCUUUUGGAUGAAAGGGAUAACCUCAAAAUCUCUGACUUUGGCUUGGCAACAGUGUUUCGGCAUAAUAAUCGCGAACGCUUACUGAACAAGAUGUGUGGUACUUUACCUUAUGUUGCUCCGGAACUUCUAAAGAGAAAAGAAUUUCAUGCAGAACCAGUUGAUGUUUGGUCCUGUGGAAUAGUACUUACUGCAAUGUUGGCUGGAGAGUUGCCGUGGGACCAGCCCAGUGACAGCUGUCAGGAAUAUUCUGAUUGGAAAGAAAAGAAAACCUAUCUCAAUCCUUGGAAAAAAAUUGAUUCUGCUCCUCUGGCUUUGCUUCAUAAAAUUCUAGUUGAGAAUCCAUCAGCAAGGAUUACCAUCCCAGACAUUAAGAAAGACAGAUGGUACAACAAGCCACUUAACAGAGGAGCAAAGAGGCCCCGAGCCACUUCAGGUGGUAUGUCAGAGUCAUUCUCUAAGCACAUUCAUUCCAAUUUGGACUUUUCUCCAGUAAAUAGUGCUUCCAGUGAAGAAAAUGUGAAAUAUUCUAGUUCGCAGCCAGAGCCACCAACAGGGCUUUCCUUGUGGGACACCGGUUCCUCCUAUGUUGACAAACUGGUACAAGGCAUCAGCUUUUCCCAGCCCACUUGUCCUGAUCAAAUGCUUGUAAACAGUCAGUUACUUGGUACCCCUGGCUCCUCACAGAACCCCUGGCAGCGCUUGGUCAAAAGAAUGACACGCUUCUUCACCAAACUGGACGCAGACAAAUCCUACCAGUGCCUGAAGGAGACUUUUGAGAAGUUGGGCUAUCAGUGGAAGAAGAGUUGUAUGAAUCAGGUUACUGUAUCAACAACUGAUAGAAGAAACAAUAAGUUGAUUUUCAAAAUAAAUUUGGUAGAAAUGGAUGAGAAGAUACUGGUUGACUUCCGACUUUCAAAGGGUGAUGGAUUAGAGUUCAAGAGACACUUCCUGAAGAUUAAAGGGAAGCUCAGUGACAUUGUGAGCAGCCAGAAGGUUUGGUUUCCUGCUACAUGAUGAAGCUGUCAGCCCUGGGCAUUCCUGGUGAAUAUAGUGCUGCUAUGUUGACAUUAUUCUUCCUAGAGAAGAGUAUCCUGUUCUGCAAACUGCAAACAAUAGAUUUUGAAGAGUUCUCUUCCUAUUACCCAACAUCUUCCAAUUCUGUAAUUUAAUACUGUAUUUUAAUUGUAUGUAAUACUUUGGGAAAAAGAUGGAUCAAGUUCAUUAGGUAUUUCUCCGUCUGUGUUUAAGUUGUGUGAAUUUGAAACCUAUCUGGUAGAAACCAAGUUUUGGGAUACAUGAGUUUCACUUCUGAAAAAAAAUUAGAACAUUUUGUUUCAUUCUAAGAAAACAUUUUCUCUGCUAUUUAAUUGUAAGGAUGAAUAAACAAAGACCAUGUAUAGUUGGUUGGUCCAUGAAGUGAGGCCUGCUACAAAAAUUGUAUCCCAAGAUAUGUUCUAUGUUUUCAGUUUGGGUAUAUGUGCCGCACAAGGGCUUGGCCUAUUCCAGUUAUUUAAAACUGUUUUGAAUUAUAAUGAUUAAAAUUACAAUCUUUUUAUUUUUUUCCCCCUGGUAUAGCUAGUCUAAUAUAAAGUACUGGUUGGUCUUUCAAGCAGUUGAACAUAAGCUCUAGUGUUUAUCUUACUUUAAAAAUUACACACAUUUUUUUUUACACACAGCCACAUUUUUACUGUACUCUAGAAAUAAGUUCUAUUUUCAAAAUUACUAUCUAACUUAGUAAACUUAUUGGCCAUCGGGUUUUUAGAUGACACUGGCUAAAAAGGGGAUGGCGAGUAAGGAAACACAAGAAUAGGCCUGAUUCUUGUUCCUCGCCUUUUAGAUUCACUAAAACUUUGUUUUCUUCAUAAAAUGUGCAUUAAAAUAUGAAUUAUA